UCUGCGCUCGCUCUUCGUCCCCUCCCUCACUCUGCCUCGCGCUCGGCUCUAUCUUUCCACUCGCAUUGCUCUCGCGCCGACAGUGUAAGAUAGACACGCUUCGCGAUGGCGCGCGUCGGAGCUCCUCCCCGGGUUUUUGCGCACCUGUAUCCGGCUUUCAUCUUCGCGUUGCCGUGGAUGUCAGUGCUCGGAUCCGUCUGCUGUGACAGCAGCGUUUUGAACCGGAGAAACGGGGGUCGUACUGACAGCUACGCUCGGGAUCUCGCUGGAGACGAGGCGCUUCCCGCGAUGCUCAGCCGCGGAGGAGAGAACGGGGAUCCGGGCGGUCCGGCGGGGCUUUCCCGGCUCCGGAGGGCACUGCCCCGGGAGAAAGUCUCGCUGCUCAGUAGCUCCUUCGUUCUCAAAGGGGAUGCCACCCACAACCAGGCGAUGGUCCACUGGACCGGCGACAACAGCAGCGUCAUCCUGAUACUCACGAAAUACUACCAUGCCGACUCCACCAAGGUGCUCGAGAGCUCCCUCUGGAGGUCCAGUGAUUAUGGGACCACCUAUACUAAGCUCAACCUGAUGCCUGGAACGACCAUCAUAGUGACAAAUUUCUACAUUUGCCCAAGUAACAAGAAGAAGGUGGUCCUGAUCAGCUCCUCCAUUAACGAGCGGGACCAGAUGCUGUUCAUCAGCAUGGACGAGGGGGCGUCGUUCCAGAGACAGCCUGUCUCCUUCACCAUGGAAACGUUGCUGUUCCACCCAUCUGAAGAGGAUAAACUCCUGGCCUACAGCAAGGAGGCCAAGCUGUAUGUCUCUGCUGACCUGGGACACAGAUGGACACUGCUACAGGAGAGAGUGACCAAGGACCGGCUGUUCUGGUCUGUGUCUGGAGUGGAUGUGGAUCCUGAUUUGGUUCAUAUGGAGAUGCAGGACACCAGUGGAGGAUAUCUUUAUGUGACCUGCCUUAUCCAGAAUUGCUCUGAUAAAAUGGUCACGGCACAAUUCCUGGGAAAGAUUGACCCAAACUCUCUGGCAGUGCGGAAGGAUUACAUCUUUGUGAAGGUUACCACGGGUAACCGUACCAAGCACUAUGUGUCAUACCGCAGGAAUGAGUUUAUUCAGAUGAGGUUCCCCAAGUAUGCCCUACCCAAGGAUGUGCAGAUUGUUAGCACGGAUGAGAACCAGGUGCUGCUGGCUCUGCAGGAGUGGUACCAGACAGACACGUAUAACCUGUACGAGUCGGAUCCGCAGGGCGUCUACUACACCAUGGUGCUGGAGAAUGUGCGCAGCACCAAGCAGCCGGAGGAGAACGUACUCAUCGAUGUGCUGGAGGUGCGGGGCAUCAAGGGAGUGUUCUUAGCCAAUCAGAAAGUAGACGGCAAAGUCAUGACACUCAUCACAUACAACAAGGGCCGGGACUGGGAACCCUUGGCUCCGCCCACCACCGACAUGAAUGGCAAACCAGUUAACUGCAAACAGCCAGACUGCCACCUUCAUCUUCACCUGCGAUGGGCUGAUAAUCCAUAUGUUUCUGGAACAGUCCACACCAAAGACUCCGCCCCCGGCCUCAUCAUGGGUGCAGGUAAUCUUGGUUCGCAACUAGUUGAGUACAAAGAGGAGAUGUACAUCACAUCCGAUUGUGGGAAGACCUGGAGACAGGUGUUUGAGGAGGAGCACCACAUCCUGUAUCUGGAUCAUGGAGGUGUCAUUGUGGCUAUCAAAGACACAUCCAUCCCCCUGAAGAUACUGAAGUUCAGCGUGGAUGAGGGGCGCACGUGGAGUGUACACAACUUCACCAGCACAUCUGUGUUUGUGGAUGGCCUGCUGAGUGAGCCUGGGGACGAGACAUUAGUUAUGACUGUGUUUGGUCACAUUAGCUACCGCUCGGACUGGGAGCUGGUGAAGGUGGAUUUUCGUCAGUCUUUCCCCAGGCAGUGUACCGAGGAAGACUAUGUCUCCUGGAGACUCACCAACCUCCAGGGAGAUGCUUGCAUCAUGGGCCAGGAGAGAACUUUCCGGAAAAGGAAGGCAUCGUCUCUGUGUGUUAAAGGGAAGAGCUACAUAUCAGCGCUCACCACUAAGCCCUGUGAAUGUAGCGAGAAAGACUUUACCUGUGACUAUGGAUUUGAACGUGCCUCCAGCUUGAGAGCAGAGGGCAGCCACUGUUACCCCGACUUCUGGCAUAAUCCUGAUGCUCCACCUGACAGCUGCCUUUUGGGGCACACUUACCAGUCUAGCACAGGCUACCGCAAGGUCGUCUCUAACCUAUGUGAAGGAGGAACCAACAAAGAACAGAGCGCCAAGCAGCACUCCUGCCCUCUGCUGCCCCCUAGAGGUCUGCAGCUGGGGAUUAAGGGACAGAUGCUCACUGUGGCGCCUGGUGAUGACAUCACCUUCGUUGUCCAUCAGGAACAGGGCGAUGCCUCCAGCACCAGGUACCAGGUGGACCUGUGGGAUGGCAUACGGGCGAUCUACGAGAACCUGACAGUAACAGACGAGCCAAUCCAGCAUCGCUACGAGAAGCCGGGCGUCUACCGCGUCAGUGUGCAGGCAGAGAACUCAGCCGGCCUGGAGAAAGCUGUGCUCUACAUCCAGGUCACCACACCUCUACAGGAAGUACAUCUGGAAGUGGUUCCCAUUGCAGGGAGGAACCAGGAAGUGAACUUAACAGCCGUGGUGCUUCCUGUAGAUGCUAAUCUGACUGUGUUCUACUGGUGGAUCGGGGAUGACCUGCAGCCCAAGCUGACCCUGGAGAACAGUUUACUCACCAGGUUUCCUGAAGAGGGUGAGGUCUCUGUCACUGUGCAGGCCUCCAAUGGUCGCUCCUCAGUGCAGGACAGCAAGACCAUCCACAUUUAUGAUAACUUCCAGGUCAUUCCUCUCAGGUUCAGUCAGAAUCUGGACCGCUUCAACCCCAAUAUUCCAGAGUGGAGGAGGGAUGUGGGCCAAGUGGUCACCAAGACGCUAGCCAAGAUUACAGGGGUUCCUCAGGAUUCUCUCGUUACCAUGGUGAAGCCUGGUCUACCCACAACAGCACGGCUGUAUGUUUUACCUCCGGAGGGUGUGCCAGCCAAACGCAAUGUGUUUGUGGAUAAGCAUGUUUCUGCCCUUAAACAGGCUCUGAGAGAGAACAAUGUGAGUUUCAUUGUGAGGGGCGGGCUGAGAGUGUUGGUGACGCUGGCAGAUCCAGACGCAGGCUCUCACACUGUUGCUGUCAGUCCUGUGAUGUGGGCUUUAGCUGCUCUUCUCCUUGUCACCUUCCUCUCCACCGGAGUCUUCCUCCUCUACAAAUUCAAAAGGAAGCUGCCGGGCCGGAAUGUCUAUGCCCAGAUGCACAAUGAGAAGGAACAGGAAAUGACCAGCCCUGUCAGUCAUGGAGAUGACACGCAAAACAUCAUCCAGGGUGAGGAAUUUAUUGACGACGACCUGGACUCACAGACUCUGGGGAACGGCCGAGGAAAUCACUCAGUCAUGGUGGUUUAUGUGAACGGAUUUGUGAACGCUGGUCUGGGUGACAUCGGAGGCCACUGAGCACUGGACUACUAAACUCCUCAUCACUAGAUGAAGAUGUCUGACUGGCACUAAUCAUGUAGUGGUUUGUUUUGUAUUGUUGUCCAGAAGGACUGAAGAAACUGACUGUUCAAAGACACACUGGCUGGUUUUUCACUAGCAGACCAGGCUAGUCACUGCUAACGUCAUAAAUGGCUUUGCCCUAAAAUCCUGAUUUUUGCCCAAAAAUGGGUGCAGAGUUCUUGGAAGUUAGAACCAAAAAAAAGUAAAUCGGGAUUCUUCAUUUUGGGGUCUCACCAGCUGGGGACCAUGUCUAGCUUCGGGCUGAGUCAAACAGCUGUCUCAGGCCACUACAUUCUCUCUUGAGUCACACUGGGGUCAGUUCCACCUGGCUUUAACCAAAAUGUCAUGACAGUCAUGUCUAAUCAUAACCUCACCACUUUUAUGGUGAUGUUACGUAAUGUAUGACAAUAACAUAAGUCUGCAGAUAUUUUAUUUCUAUACAGACUGGUCUGGUUGCAGCAGAAUCUGGACUGUGGGAAUAACUAGAAUAACCUUUUCUUUUGUAGCAAUAUAUGAUCUCGUUUGGUUCAGUAGUGGUUGUGUGGUGAUGUGCGGUCUGUAUUUUCACCCUCUCAUGGUGGAAGGGAAGGACAGAGAAAGCACAGGAGAGCCCUCACGCUGCUCUCAGGCGGAGGAGGAGGAGAAAUGCUGCCCCAGCUGCUGAUCCUGGAUCAACACUUUCAGCUUUCUGGAGUGAAGUUACACAGAUUGAAAAAGGGGCAAACUGUCCCUGAAACUGCACUCUUUCUCUGAGAGGACUCAUGAGUAAAAGCACAGAGAAGGGCCCUUGUUGUUUACUGACACAAUAUUAGUGGGAAAAUAACUGCACAGUUUUGUUGUUAUGGUUUGUUUAAUUUCCUUUAUUUUUCUUUUUGAAAGUGAAAAUGCUUCAGAAGAUGUGCGGUAUUUAACUCUUGUGUGUGGAUGGGAACACAUCCACACACACACACACACACACUGUAUAGGUUUGUUUUCAUGGUUUGAUCUGUUAAAUAAAAGAUUAACAUUCUUCAUGAA